AUGAACUCUGACAUGACAACACGAAUCUCACGGAGACGCAGCGUGUGUCAGAGGCCCCCACAUUGGGCGUCUUGCCGUUUGCUUGGUCAUCCCUAUGUGCGUGCUCUGAGUCAGUGGAACCCAGCUAUUUCCAGCAGAACAGUUCCUUGUCCAAGAAGCUACAAGCUUCCCAAGGCGCGAAGGCAAGGCACCGCGGCUGCUGCGAUGGCCGGCUGGCGGAGGCUGAUCGUGGCGGCGCUCCUGCAGCUGGCCUUUUCACGAGUCCUUCCUACAGAGAAUUGCUAUGAAAAAGGGAAACUAUCAAAAGGAAGUGGAUAUUUCAACUGUUCAAAGCCACGUCUGAACUUCAGUGACACUCCAAGUAUCCUCACAAUGGACUUUCGUAACAGAAACCAAAAUAAUGUAUUCAGUCUGUCACUCAACAGAACAGCCGAUGCCUUCCACCUCAUUACUCUGAAAGGAAGGGAAACAAUUAACAGCACGCAAAUUGAUUUACGAGACUCUUCAAGUAAACUCCAACUAAACAUCGACCGCUCAAGUGUGCGCGCAAAGACACACGGAACAUGGCGGAAGCUGGACAUUCCGAAGACAGACGAGAUCUUCUCCUUGUACUUUCGAGGAGUCCCUCCCAACCCUGCUCUCUGCAUCACGUGCUACGGAGAAGACAUCUGGCAAAACGGACGAGACGCUUAUCAGAGCACUGAACAAGGCGUCGUUCAAUCCAUCCAGAGCACUGAACAAGGCGUCGUUGAAACCACUCAGAGCACUGAACAAGGCGUCGUUGAAACCACUGAACAAAGCAUGACGCAAUCCCCUGGGGCCACGGAACAAAGCGAGACAGGAAUUAUGCAGUGGUUGUCUCUCUUGCUGGCAAUGAUAGUUUUUCAUGUCAUCUUUAUCAUCUAACACAUACGAAAACUCAGGAAUCAAGCAUGAAAACGAAUGAAUUGACUUGCUUGGAUGGAAUUCCAUGAAGCACAAAGGAACUAAGAGAUCCGUAUGUGGAUGCUCCCAUCUUCAGGUGAAGAGAAAAUAUAAAGCCAGUGACAAAUUGCUCAUAGGACAAUAACACAAACUAUUGCUGAAAACUACGGAUGGCUAAACCUGUGCAGUUUGGAAUCAAUCGUUUCGUACAUUUAUUCCACUGGAAAAUCUUUUGUAUGGAAAAUUAGUCAUGUUUAUGAUGAUGAAUUUAUAUGUUGAUUUUAUCUAUACAAUUGACCAAAUCAAUUUUGACUGCAGAGAUCUUGGAUAUUAUGCUGUUAUAUAAGUUUACACAUGUAGUUCAAAUAAUAUAAAAAAUAAUAAUUUGGGUCACAUUUAUAAAAAUCCUUCCCAUCUGCUCCUUAUUUCAUUUGAAAGUGUGUGGCAUUGAUUUGAUUUGCUCUACUAUUCCUUUUAAAUGAUUUUCAGAGAGAAAGACAAAUAUGCAAACGGUCAAAAGUUUUCUAUAAAACAAAAAUUUUGCAUGUGGAUUGUGUAUUUCUGUCUCUUUUCUUCUUUUUGCAUAUAUUGUAUUUGAAUUCUGGGAAACUAGAACUGAUGGUUGUAUUUUCUCAAAUGUAGCCUGUAGGAAGAAGUACGUUUCUUAUCAAAAUGCUUGUUAUGUGUAUUUACAUUAUGUUGUUGGUUCAGUUUUACUUCAUAUAAUGCUGUAAACCACACAUAGUUUUGUCUAGUGUGUGAACCAUUCUUUAUGAUUGUAACAGUAUAGACGA